AUGGAAACACCCCUCCAACUCAAAGCAGCCGUCUACCUUUCUGUCGCCCAGAUCGUGGAGGCGGAAUUGGCUCGUAUGGGUCCAGAAUUGGCGGCCAGUCCCACGUUCGUGGCCACUUUGGUGGAACUCACUUACAACCAAAUUGUCAAUUUUGGCGAGGAUCUUGAACUUUUUGCAAAACACGCUCUGCGCCAGGUCGUCAAACCCACCGACGUAUACAUGGUGACCCGGAAAAACCCGGUAUUAACGAAAGCAUUGAAAGACUUGGAGUCAUCUCUCUGA